GGCAGGUGAUGCAGCUCUCGGUGGAUGCUGAGCGCAGAAGGCGCGCGGGAGGGGCUGCUGUGCUGUGUCUUAACACAUUCUCGUAUUCUAACGAGCGCAAGGGGAUCAGGACGGAGCUAAACCAGAAUAUAUUUCACUUUUAAAAAACCCGUAAUGCCUCCUUUACACUGGAUUUGUGUCCUGUCAUCUUUGACAGCAUCGUUUUAAGGAAAAACUUUGCGAAUCGGACAUUUUGUGUUCCCCCCGCGAGGCACAAGAGCGCGUUUAGUUCCACAAACUGAAUACAAAACAGCUUUGAGAAAAGAAAGAGAUUGACAUAAUUUAAGGUAAGACGUUGGCAGACCAUCAUGGCAUGGCCCUGUAUCUCCAGAGCCUGCUGUAUGGCUCGGUUCUGGAACCAGCUGGACAAGGCCGACAUUGCGGUGCCGCUGGUUUUCACCAAGUACUCGGACGUGUCCGAGAUGCAGCAUCUUCACCUGCAGCAGUCCGCGCCGAAGGAAACGCAGCCGCUUCACAACGACCACGACGCGGUGACCAAAGGACCUGCAGCCCAGGAGGAGAACGUCUUAGGAUCUGUGAUGCGCCAGGACUUUAAACACUGGAAUGUUCGCCCGGAGCCCAGCUGCAAGCCCAAGAACGAGUACCACGGCCCCGAGGUUCCUUUUAACAACGAGACCCAGUAUCAGAAGGACUUCAAACCCUGGCCUAUCCCAAAGAGGGGAGAUCAUCCUUGGAUCCCCAAACCCUCUCCGACCAUCUCAGCGGGCAAUGACCGCAUCCCUGACAGACCCAAACACUCCUCAGAGAUGAUGGACAAUGGGGUGGAAAAGAGUGAGAUUGCUGACAAGGUGCAAGAGAAGGAGAUCCUGUCUAGUCAAAGGAAAAAGAGGCAAGCCAAGAAAGCGACCAACAAAGCAGGCGUGAAGUUGGACGGGCAGAGCAUGGGGGAUGCCACCACUACAGAGGGUAAAGGGAGGGCAGCUGUGGAUGCUUUCAACCGGCAGAUCAAACAAGAAGUCACCUCUGGCAGCUCCUACAGGACUGAGUACAAAGCCUACACAGACGUGAAACCUGUGAAGCUCAUCAGGGCCAAGUCUCAGUAUCAGCCUCCCGAUGAGAAGACUGAUCUGGAGACCAGCUACAGUGCCACCUACAGGGCCUACCAGGCCACUCAGCAGCCAGAUGACAACAAGGCCUUGGAGAGGAGGAGGAUACGCACACUGUACCUUGAGCCUUACAGAGAGAGCAGUAAGGUACGAGCUUGUGUAUGGAAGGUGGAGAAAACCAGUCUUCCUCACUACAAACCCAAAAAGAGCUCAUCCGCCACACCUGGCAAACCGCUGAAGAAGUCCAAGGAGAAGCAGGCGACGUCGGUGCGUGGUUCGAAGAAGAAGAGCUCCGAGAACCAGCUGGAGAGCAGAGCGGCGCAGGGCGACAAGGAGAAAAGUAAAGAGAUCAACAACAAACUGGCUGAGGCGAAAGAGUAAAAACCAUUGCACUUCUUCUCUCAUUUAAUCUCUUCCUGAAAGGGUGAAAGCAGAACGAAGGCUGCAAAAUUAUUUAAUAAGAGGUUCUCAUUCCUUUACUGUUCUGUCCAUUGCUGCCCCCUCCCUCUCUUUCUCUCUGAUGCACCUCUCGUUUUAUUCCUCACUGUAUAUUUCCAAUACCCCCACCUCUCUUUCUCUCUUUCUCUCACUCUCUCUUUUUCUCUAAGAGGUCAGUGGGCUGAUUUUACACAAUUUUCAGGGUUGGAUUUGAUGGUUUUCUCCUCUCAGUGAUAUCAAAGCGUUUGCAUUUACUAUAGCUCCACCCACUCUCCUCAUCUCAAGACGAGGUUUCCAUGGCAACCACUCUACUAGUUGGCCAUUGGAUGCUCUUAUUUUGCAUGGAGCCAUUGGCUCUGUAUGUACGUACCAUCAGAUGCACAGACUGGUGGGUUUCAUUUAUCAAGGGUUUUACAAUGAAGCCAAUUUAUAUCCAAUUAUGCUUUUGAAAACAUGUUUGUGUAAAUUAGGCGACACAUAGAAACCACAAAGGCUAAUUCCUCAAUCAAAAAUCUUUGAUAAAUGUGCAUCUUUGGUUUUAAGACUAUAUUAAUCUGCUUGCUUUGCCUGUUUUAUGUAGUCAUUUUAUUGAGCGAACACCCCAAGCUCCUAAGUGAUAUGUUAUGAUCUCAGAUCACUUUGGUGCUGUAAUGAUUUGUAUUAUUCUGUUUGUUUUCUUGAAUGUUUUUGAAUCAUUACAGGAACAGGAUAUCUCCAAAUAGAACAUCAGUAUCCCCAAAAAACAUCUGUCAAGGUCAUACAAUAAUAAGGCCUUGUUUUGGCCCAACUGGAUUACUACUGUAACAUGAUAUUGCAUUAUGGGAUGUACUGUAAAUUUGUUUUUGGAUAGAAUAGGAUUUAAAUGUUCACAGUGAUUUUAUGUGCAAACCAGUAGAAAUUAAAUGUAUUAUAAACUAAAAUAUAAGUUUAUGCAUUGUUUGGUUUUGAGAACUUCUGUUCCAUCUUGCACCAUAAAAUAUGUAAGGAUCACAACACAACAUUUAACAUUAUAUCUUCCACUCUGCCCAACUGUUUUUUUUUUCUUUCUCACAUGCACACUUCCCAUCCCCCCUAAGGGAGCCCCCGAGGUAGACAGAUGGGGGAUCCCAAAAGUAGAGGGAACUCCAAAGGUCAAUAGAUUAGGCAGCUUUAAAAUCAAAGCCCUUCUUUAUGCGAAUGCAG